AUGGAAGAAGCCAUGAGAAGACUAGCCGGUUACACACCAUCAUCCGACACCGAUCUCUUCCCACCACCACAAACCACCACACCCCCCACCUCAACAACCAACAAACGAAACAACACCACCCACUCAACAACCAACAAAAGACUGGCUUUAAAAGACUCCAACAACUCCAACGGCUCCAUGAGGUACCGCGGCGUACGCCGCCGCCCAUGGGGCCGUUACGCCGCCGAGAUACGGGACCCACAGUCCAAGGAACGCCGCUGGCUAGGAACAUUCGACACAGCCGAGGAAGCAGCAUGUGCGUAUGACUGCGCCGCACGUGCCAUGCGUGGAACUAAAGCCAGAACAAACUUUGUCUACGCACCACCAGAUAAUCUCAUCUUUCCGUUCAGUUUCAACAACAAAUCUCAACCGUUACCCUCGUCACCCUACGAUAACUUACCUGUACCGACACUACAGAGGAGUGGGACUUCUUCCUUAAACUCAAACUCUCAUUUGUUUCAUGAUUUUUUUAACUCUGGUUCUUCUUCCUCGUACAACUCGAACUCCAUUGGUUCUGUUUUACCUGAUAAAACGACGUCGGUUAAUCAUGAAGAGUUUUUCCCGUUGGAGCCUGAUAAUUCGGGUCUGCUUGACGAAGUGUUGACCGGGUUUUACCCGAAACCGAAGAGGCAACAAACACUGGUACCCGAACCGGUUCGUGAAGUGAAACGGGGUGUUGAAGCAAACUCUUUUGGGUUGUUUUCAGUUGCUGCUACCAGCGGAAACAGUCAAGUGAAUCAGUUUGACUUUGACCAGCAGUUUAACGGUGGUGGAGGUGGUGGUGGUUUGCCGUUUUAUGGUCAUCUACCGGUGGAGACGGUGGGUUGUGAGAGUUCAGAAAGUAUGAUUGCUGAUGUUUAUCGCUAUCAGGAUUUUGUUGGUUUGUAUGCAGGUAGGGUUUAG